CUGGGUUAAGCGAUCUUCUAGGGUAGAAAUUUUCGGACUUUUUCGAAAUAAAUAUAAGCCUUAUCCCGAUGGAGAAAUUCAGUAACGGGUCAGCUGUUGCGUUGGCCAGGACUGGUCGCAAUUUCCUAAAAGAAACGAGUGGCUGGUGAAGUGCAGUGAUGCUAGUGAAAACGGUAGCGGUUGCCAUCGUCGUGGCGUGCCUCGUCCACGGCGGGCAGUCCCUUGGUGGAAGUGUAUCUACGUCUACAUCGUCAAGCAGUGCAGCGGUAUUUUUCAACGCAGCCGCAGGUUCCUCGCUGUCAUCGAAUACCGCCGCGUUGAACUCUUCGUUGGCUAUGAUGCAAAUGAGCGUUGAUAACCUUAAUCUCAAAGCACCAACGAAGGAAAACACAGACACGGCAAAGUUCAUAUCCAAAACAUUGGGCAAAGCGCUGAAAUAUGCGUUCAAGUUCAUUAAGGCUCUCACGAACUUAGCCACUGACAAAACUAUUCCUAUCGAGGAGUUGUUCCAGCAGUUUGAAAAGGCUUACGACAAGCUGAUCACCUACAUGACUAAGGACGAGGCUGCGUUCAAGCAAGCAUUGCUUGAAAACUUGGGCGUUGCUGUAGCCCGGGACGUUGAAACCAAGUGGAACAAAAUCAAGCAGGAGCUCAUGAAUGUGGCUGCCAACGCGGAUCGCCUCAAGAAGUCAGUUCUCCACCUCCACAACAGACAUGACGAAUCUCAGGGUGAGAGUCGUGCGACUAUUUCACAGCUGGUAACGGUUUUCGCAAGCAGCAUUUCGAAGCUUAAAACUGCCGUGGCUGAUCUUACUACUGCAGUAGGAAACAUCGUGACUGGUCUGCAAACGUCCAACACGUUUUUAACCCAAGUCAUCGGCACAAGAAACUCUACCCGCACAAGUGUGAAAACCGCAAGAGCUGAACUGAAAAAAGAUUUACUUAAGGCUCGAAUGGAUGCCUUGGAUAAGUUCCUUGCUGCUCAGAGCAAAAUCCGAACUGGUCUAAGCGAAUCUAUUUCAAAAUUGUCGAUAUUUUCCACGAGCAAGAAGUUGAACCGAUAUGCACGCAAGUUUGACGACAGCUACUAUGAGCUGUAUCACUUUUUGCGCCAACGGAACCGUACUGAUGCAUCGAGCAUUGGCAAAGAUUUCUUCAGAAUCUGGGAAAAUCUGGAAAACGUUCACGACAAAUCGGUAGAAAUCUUUUUCUAUGCAAUGCGACGCACCUACAUGCGACUGGCUGAUGUCGUGUUUGAGAGUAGCUUCUACAACGAUUACUGCCACACCACGUACACGUACUCAGUGCCCUCAAAAUAUCAAUCAGUCAGCACUGUGAUCAGCGAUUGCACGACUCGGGAGAAGACUCGCUGGAUGGCAAUCUCCACUGCUAUCAAGGAUGAGGUCACUCUGCUGCAGUCCAUCUCGGAAGAACUGGCAAUGAACAUUGCCCGUUGUGCGACCUACAAGGACUUUAUCACGUCCAGUCCCGACUACAACCAGGCUGAAGCAUGUUUGAAAACGAACUUGGAGGACAUGCGCGAGCUCAGUUUCCAGCUGAAGAUUCAUUUCACGAACAUUGUGAACCUGGUCAAGGCCCAGGUCGCACCGAGCAAGUAUCGGCUGGAGAACUGCUUCGUGACCAAGCUGCACGAGGCGACGGCCCUGCUCAAGAGCACCCGGGAAUCGAUGAACGAGUGCAGCGGCCGGUUCGAUUCGCACCCCCGGAUGGGCUACGAAGAUGACGCUAGCGAUUGGUACAACCGCCACCUGGGAGAGGUUUGUGAGGGAUCGGACGCGGACUCCGAAAGUGUCAGCAACGAGGCCAUCGACAGUGCCGAGGCGUACGACAAGACAGGCUUCCCAGAAGAUAUCGACAGGAAGCCCAAGAUCGACACCUUGGUGUGCAAGAAACGGGUGGAUUCGGUGGACACGAGCGAAAAGACCGGAAACGGGUCGGAUAGCGGAAAUGGCGGAAAUGGCGGAAAAGACAAAAAGGACAAAAAAGGACAGGACAGUGGAGAAGGAGAUAGCGGAGAGCUAGACAGUACGGAGAAAAAGGACAAAAAGGACAAGAAGGACAAGAAAAACAAACAUGACAAGAACAAGAACGAUAGUGAAGAGCUAGACAACGAAGGUGGCGGUGAGCAGAGUAGUGAAGAGAAAAAGGACAAAAAGGACAAGAAAGACAAGAAAAAGCCAGGAAACAACAAGAAUAGCAGCGAGGAGAAUUGCUCCAAGGAAAAAAAGAAGGACCGCUUCAAAGAAAAAUAUAGUAUAGAGAACAGCGAGGAACAAUUUGAUCGCAAGAAGCUGAAGGGUUACAGCGACAGCGAAUCUGACAUUUUCAACAGGAAGUUUGGAGUUCAACAGCCACUGGGCGAUGCUCUGGAAGAGCCUGCUGUUCCGGUUGCUGACGGAAUUCUGAAACGCCUCCUUGAGAGCCCAGUCGCCGUCGAAGAAGAGAAAGAAGUUGAUAUUUCUGUGAAAGUGGUUGGAGAACAGGAAGAGCAAGAUCAGGCGUUUGCAACCACUGCGGCUAGUGUUGAUGCUGCUUGAUUGAGCCUCUAUUCAGCAGUUAUGCUAUGUUAAUG